UGGUAAUUUAAGAUGAAUCAUCGAAUUUAGCUUAGCUCUUUCGCGCCAAAUUUGUUGACCAUAGUAAGUAGAACCAAUAGAACCUGUUAGUAAUUGUGUUGUAUGAUAAGCUAUAAAUAAUUUUAAUAUAUUGUGUUCUUGUAAAUUUGAGGAUGAGGAAAAUAAUCUUUCUCUCUCUCUCUCUCUCUCUCUCUUUCUCUUAACUAAAUAAUAACAAACAAUUAUAUUUUUAGAGGAACAAUUUAAAAAGGAUGACAGCUAUUGCAUUGUAAUUUAAUAAUUUUGCUAUAGAUAGUAAUACAUAUGUUAAAUACAAAAUUGUCAUUAUAGUAAAAGCUAGUAAAGAAAAGUAUAAAAGUUUUAAGAAUAUAAUAAGUAAUUAGGAAUUUGAACAAUGAGUGAAAAUAAGGAUUUGGAUAACAAUAAUGAAUGUCAUGUACAACUUGAAUUUAGAGAAUCUGAAAUUACUGAACAAUCAGAACAGUACACAGAAGAACAGAAAAACAAAUGUCCGGAAAUGAAAAAGUGUUCUGACAUUGAAGAAGAAAAUAUAUUUAAUGAAACUUUAAGAGAAGAAAAUGAAGAACAUGCUCACAAAAAUGAUAAACAUGAAGAUAAAACUAAUUACUCUGAAAGUAAUGUUGACAAUAGUGACUUUAUAUUAAAUAAAUUUGUAAAAGAAAAAGAUUGUGAGUCAGAGCAAAAAAAUGAUGAACCCAAAAGUCAAGUUAAUAAUAAUUCUGACAUCAAUACUGACAUGCUUAAUAGAAGCAUAAAAGAUGAAGAUAAAACACCUGACCAAAAAGAUGAUGAACUUAAAAACAACAAUAUUCAUAGUAGAUUAUUCAGCAUAAUAGAUAGUGACUCAGAAGAAGAAAAUAUAUUUACUUCUAAAUCCAAGAAAAAAAAUGUUAUAGAUGAUAAAGAUGAAAUUUCUAAUUCUAAGCAUGACAAUAUGUCCACAAAGAAUUUAAAUAAAAGCAGUACUAUGAAACUCAUUGACAGUAAUUCUGAUGAUACAUCUAGUACUAUUCAUGUUAUUGAUACUGAAAAAACUGCUUCAAAUGGGAUAAAGAUGAAAAACAGGCUUCAAAAUCUAGUAGAUUUAGAAUCAGAUGAAGAAAGAGAAGAAUCAGACGAAGAAAGAGAAGAAUCAGACGAACCAUCAAGUCCUGUAAGACAAAGUAAAACAACUGAAAAACAUAAAAAAAAAGAUCCUAAACCUAAACUAAGGAAAGUUUCAUUAAGAGCUUCUAAAGAAGAAGCUAUGAAACAAAUACAAAGUGAAACUCAACGUUUAGUACGAGAAACAGAAAUUUCAUUGCCAUAUCAUAAUCCAAAACAACGAACAAUACAAGAAUUUCUAGAAAGAAGGAAGGUAAUUUCAUCUUUUCCAGUACCUACAGUGGCAUCUAAACUGAAAGAGUUUUCUGGUAUUGUUAGUGAAAUUUUGAAGGAAAAAGAGAAAGAAGCAGAAAUAUUUUAUAAAUCUUCUGAUUCAGAAGAAGAGAGUACGGAAAAUAAUAAAGAAAACACAGAUAAAGGGCAUAUAAACAUACAAUGUGCAGAAGAUGUUAAAAAAGAUAAUGUUUCACGAAAGUUAUUUGAUGAUACUUUAUCUACUACAGAAAAUAAUGAAGAAGAAGAUAAUACAAACACAAUGGAAGGAGAGAAUGAAAAUUUAGCAGAAGCAAAAGACAUUGAAUGUAAUAAGAUAAUAGCAAAUAAUGAAACAGAAAAUAAUGCAACUAAUUCAGUACAAACAAUAGAAACACAUUGUAAAUCUAGUAUAGAGGAUAAGACUGAAGCAAAAAUUUCAGAAACAGUUACAAAUGAAAAAACAGAUUGUUUAUUACAAAAAGAUAUAAGUCAACAUGAAAACAAGGGAAAAAGCAUGUGCAUUGAUAAUGAUGAACAUAGUUUAGAAAUUCUAAAUGAUAAUGCGAAAAUUGCAAAAGAUUCUUUUGGAAUAACUACGAAUGAAUCUGAUGAUGAAUAUGAUUUUCCACCGCUUAACUUGGAUGACUUAGAUGACUUGGAUUCACCAAAUAGAAUAAAACAUUUACAGAAUAUAAGAAGUUUAAAACCUAAAUUACGAGGUAUUCCGGGGCAGAUUAUCGAUUUGGCAGAUGAUAUUACAUCAGCUAAGAAAGGAAUACAUGGUUUGAUAAAUCGAUUUGUAAAAAAGCAUUCUAAACCCGAUCGACCUGUUAAAGACAUAUCUAAAAUUACAACAACACAAAUAAAAGAAACUCCAAAUGGUGGACUAGCAAUCAUUAAAGAAACGCUCCCAUAUAGAUUACCAUACAUAGAAAAUAAAGAUCCUAAAUUAGAGAAACCUGGUGCAAAAUUAAUACGCUUAAAAGAAGAGUUGAAACGUAGAAUGGCAAUAAAACGCAACGAAGAGUGGAAACAGAGAGAACAAGAAAUGAAAGAACAAGAAAUAGAGUGGAACGAAUCUAUAAAUGAAGAAGAUACUUUUAAUGAACCAUAUUCUCCAAAUAUAGAACCUCAUAUAAGCGAGGAGGAUGACGUAGAAGAAGAUGAUGUAUAUACAAAAGUAGAAAAAAAGAAAAAGAAAAAAAGUGCCUUUAUAGAAGAUGAAGCUGAAGUCAGUGAGGAUGAAAUAAACGAUAGCGAUGAAAUCGAAGAUGAGGAUGAGGAUGAAGGCGAACAUGAAGUACAAGAAAAUUCGGAGGAAGAUGAAAAAUCUGAAAGACUUGAUUCGGAAAAUGAAAAUGAGAAUAGUACUUGUGAUAGCAAUGAUGUACCUGCAAAAUGUAAAACAUUUAAGAGGAUUGUAAAACCAGUAGAAGAUGAUUCAAAAUCUUCGGUUAUUGAAAAUGAUAAUAAUAGUAUAGAACAGCCAACUUCUUUUUCUCAAAUUAAAUUAGAUGAUAUGUUUGGUAAAAGCAUUAAAGAAAAUGAGUUAAGCAAUAAUGAAAGUAUUCCAGUAUCUCAAGUACAUGUAGGAAGUGAUCCAAAAUAUCAAAUAAACCAAACACCACAAUCUAAAAGCAACUCCUUUGAUUUCAUUUCUCCUAUAACACAAUUAACUGCAUUAAAUGUACACUUGGAGGAAGAUAAAGAGUUAGCAACAGAAGAGAAAUUGUUGUUUAUUGAUCCUACUUUGACAGAAGUUAUACAAACACCAGAAUCGCCUCAAAUAAAACGAGGCGUGUCACAAAAGAAGUUAUUUGCCGUUCAAGGCGAUGUACUGGAUGAAGAACUCAUGGAAAUCUCUUCAGGUAAAUUUCCAGAAGAUAAGAUUCAAUUGAAUUUUGCAAAAGAACCUAAUGUGAGCGAAUCACAAUUAUUAGAAUUAUGUUCGGGAACAUUUAGUUCUCAAUCAAAUAAUGAUAAAGAGUCAAUUGAUAUCACACACAGAAUGCUUCAGAGUACACAAGCACCUAAUGAAAAAGAUUCAUCAACCACUGAAACAGAUGAAAAAAAUAGUCAACACUUAAGGAAGGAAACAGCAUCUUGGAACAAGUUACGCAUUUUAUCUUCUGAUGAAGAUGAUUCAGUUGAAGAAGAAAUGAAGAUGCGAUUGAAAAAAGUUAGGAAGUUAAAUGUAUCUGACGACGAAGAUGAAAACAGUUCUGCAGUAAACAGUAAUAAUGAAGAAGAAGAAGAAGAAGAUGAUGAUGAUGAUGAAAAAUUUGUAGAUUAUGACUCAGAGGAGAACGAAGUCGUUGUUCCAAAAAAAGAAAUAAGACAAUAUGCAGCUAAAUUCUUGGAGGAAGAAGCCGAGCUUAGUGAAAGUGAUUGUGAUGUAUCUGCAGACGAAGAUGAACAAGAUCUGGAUAAAUUGGAAUUAGAAGAUGGAGACAAUGAAGAAAUUGAUGAAACACAAGUUAAGAAUCAAUUAGGAAAACUUCAUAUGAAACAAAUGUUGGAUGAAGAUAAAAAAGAAGUAAGAAUGCUUCAAGAGAUGCUAUUCGAGGAUGGAGAUCUGUUCAGUGAAAGCACACGCGAAAGGAAAUUCAGAUGGAGAAAUAUAGGCAAGCAAGAUGACAACAAUGACGUUCAACUAUUAGAAGGUAAAGACGGUUGGGUAGACGUAUCUGAUGACGAAGAACAAGAAAAGUGGCGUAAGAUAAGAUUCGAAAGAGAGGCAUUUUUGGCAGCAAACGCGAAAAAUAUAGACACCGAAAUCGAAAAUGAAUUAAAUAGCAGUCAAAUAUUUAAAUUCGGCUUGAAGAUUUUAAAGAAAAGACGAAUUAACGAAUUAGAAAAAGAAAAUACGUUGGUAGAAGCACUUGAUUCCAAAACGGAACCAAAAGUAUCUCAUACUGUUGCGGAAAUGUUAAACACUUCAAGAUUGGAUGGAACAUCGCGUACGAUAUAUAAUGUCAUGCAAAAACGUUCGUUUCUUGCUAGAGGAGAAGAAGCGUUAACGCGUUUAGCUACUUUAGCUAAACGAAAUAAAGGACCACUCUCAUCAAUAAAGGCAAAAAAUUUUGUGUUCACGAAUAUUAAUUCGAUAAAUGAUAGUGCCUCAAACAAAUCGUAAAAAUAGAAUUAAUAGUUUAUUAACUUAAUGUUUAUUUUUAUAUAUACACAUAUAUGUAACUAAUGUGCAGGCUGUUAUAAAGAUUUGUAUAAUUUUAUUACAUAUUUGUUUUUUUUCUAUAUGUAUAGACAUAUUUUUAGAAAUAAAGAAAUACUUGUUACGAAACUAAAAUAUUAAUUAUGUUACGUAAUAGUAGACAGGGUAAUAGAAAUAAGAUUAACUGAAGACUGAUAAAUGUGAUGGAAUUUCGAUCAUAUUUUUGAUAAAUAAAUAAUUAAAAGUAAACAAAUAUAAUACAAUUUUUACAGUAAACCCAUUAACUAGUUCUCGAAAAAUACUUUUGUUUAAUUUGCUUUGUAAAGCAUAAUUGUUUAAUUUGAUAUUUUAGUUACUUACUACGUCGGAAAAGAAAUAUAUAAAAGUGAAAAAGUUUGACGUUAAAAUUGCACAUGUCUAUAUAUGUAUUUAAAAAAAAACAUUGCUAGAAAGAGAUAGAACAAUAUAUCAAAUGUUUGUUUAAUGUAAUUCAAGCCAAUAAUGUGCGUCCAUGCCUAGGGCAACUUUCUCAUACGGUAUGAAACAUACAGUCUGUUCAUCUAAAUUGUUUCGUUUCAAAGCGAUAUUUAGUUGACAUCAUCGACAUUUAUUUUACUUCCCAAUUUCUGUAUCGACGACAUAUCGAUGACAUCUAUUUAAUUUGAUUUUUUACCAAAGAAUUUUGAUCUAUGUUUAUAUUUUUUCAUUUUGUCGUAUUUUUAUUCCAAUAUUUUGUUUAAAUAUAAAAAGUAUUUGAUGUAAAAAAGACAUAAAUCGAUCAAAAGUCCAAAAUAUCUGAAACAAAAUCCUAAUAUUCAAUAAUACAAUCCUGUAAAUAAUUAUGUAGAAAUAAAUUGAAAAUGGAAAGCAUAA